ACGAUAAUCUGGGACCAUUGGAGGCAGUGAGGCACACGGGGCGGUAAGGACGUGGUGGCGCCGCACGUCUCAUCCUUUUCCUCAUUAUUCCACCUUUCCCCGCGGCCAGGAGGACAUUUAGCGCGCCAGGAUGCCAAGUCACUACGACAAGGGUGACUAUGACAGCCGUGACGCUGGGGGAGGAGCUCGCUACAGCAGUAGAGGUCGAGGCAGAGGCCGGGGCAACUAUGCCUGGGGCGGCCGCGUGGGCAACAGCAGCAGUAGUGGCGGUGGCCGGGGGUAUGGGCGAGGGGGAGCCAGUGGGGGAAGCAGCGGCAGUGGUGGCAGUAGGUACAGAGGAGGGGGAGGGCACGGGGUGGCCUCGAGCAGCUACCGAGACAACACCAGCUACCAUGAUAGGUACAGCGAGUCCCGACGCAGCGGUGGCCACAUGGUGAACCCCUGGGAUGCCGGCAUGGGCCCUCGGGAGGUGGGUGGCGGGGGCGGCUAUGGGGCCCACGCCUCAGCAUUCGGGGCCACUGGCAUGGGCAUGGGGAGCAGCGGGGGAAGUGGGGGUGGGGCAGGCACCUCCCAGCUGAUUGGCUCCCUUAAUCAGCUGAGUCAGAUGGGCAACGACAAGUCCAAGCUGGCUCUGAAUAUUCUCAACGCUGUCCUCUCAUCAGACAACGCUAUGGGUGAAGGCCGCGACGCGUGGGAGCACGGGCCGCCCCCAAGGAAGAUGAGGCGCAUGGAGUGGGACGAGCUGCGUCCGCCCCCCGCCCGCAGGUACCCCCCUCGCUACAGCCCCCGGCGUACCUGGGACCGCCGGGGUGGCCCCUCUUACCCCCGAGGGGACCACCACAGCGGCAGCACUGACUACCAGGCCCGCAGGGUGGCCAAGGCCCGACGGGGCAAGCCCUGGCAUGAUACCAGGAGUGGUAAGGGCCCUGGGCGGGAGGGCCGGGCCAAGGAGGAGCAGGACCUGUCGGACGACCUGGAAAGAGAGAGCACCACCGCCGCUGCUGGCACCAGUGCGGCCCAGGCCCCCCAGAGCAGUGAGGACAAAAUGGAAGAGGAUGAAGGCAAGGAGGAAACCGAAGCCUCCAGCCAAGGCAAGGCAGAAGGGAAGGCUGAGGGAGAGGACAAGGAGGCCAAGGAAGGAGAAGAAGGAGCUGCUGCGGGAAAAUCCGAUGACAAGGAGGGAAAGAAAGAUACUGACAUGGUGAAGCAGAAUGAGGCCGGGGAGAUAACGUGGCUGCCCCGAGAGGCUCUGCAGUGCCAUAUGUGUGGCCUCUCCAAGUUCCCUGAUAUCAAGUCUUACAUGCGACAUCUAGAGAGCCGACGCCAUGAAACUCUCAAAUACUCCUUCCAUGCCAAGGGUGCAGCCAUCCUUCACUUCCUGCGGGCCAAUUCCAAGUUGGCAUCACAGAGGAAGAUGCUGAAGAGCCUGCGUCGGGGCAUCAAGGGCCCCAUCAUGAGGUGCCGCAAGUGCCAGUGUGAGGUGUUCGGCUACAUCCGGGAACACGCCAAGACAGUGGAGCACAUUGCCCUGAGGAACUACCUGCGGGUGGUUUGCUGCAACACCACCUUCUUCAACCGUGCAGACUUGGAGGAGCACCGCUUGUCCCUCACCCACCUCAAGAACCAGUUGGAGGAGGGACAGAAGAUGGAAGCCGAGAGCGAGGUUGAAGACAUUGGAGUGGAAGAAAGUGGCAACUCACUCCCUGCCCUUACAGAGGAGGGAAAACUCUUCGCCGACACUAUCAAGCACAUGAAGCAGAAGACCAAGUUUUCCGAGGUGACAAGCCCAGAGAACCUGAUGCCCUACGACCCAGCAACACCCCAAGGCCUCAACUUCAUCUGGAAGCGGUCACACUACAGGUGCAAGGCGUGUCCUCAGGUCCGCCUCGCCUCAGCUGCUGACACCGAGGAACACUUCAAGUCCUUGGACCACUACAACAACCUGAUGGCACACCUCAAGGCCAUAGAGCAGGAGAAAGAGAAGAAGAGACUGGAGGAGGAGGAAGCAGCAAGGAAGGCCGAGAUAGAGCGCAAGAAGAAGGAGGAGGCAGAAGCGAAGGCUGCAGAGGAGGGCAAAGGAGGGGAAGGGGAAGAGGACAAAGAGGAAAAGGAGGCAGAGGGCAAGGAAAAGGGCGACCAGGAAGCAGAGAAGGAGGAGAACGAAGACAGCAAGAAGAACGGAGAUAUGGAGGGUGAGGAAGAUGAGGACCUGGAGGAAGAGGAGGAGGAGGAAGAAGCAACGGCAGCAGCACGGACAGGAGAAGAGGAGGAGGAGGAAGAGGAAGAGGAUACGAGCUUCAACUUCGAGGAGGACAUGCACAAUAUGGAGACGGUUGACGAGGCGUGUGAUGACGGGGAGAUUGAGGGAGGCCUGGAGGGCAGCUUGGCAGAGGAGGGUGUGGGGAAGGAGGACUCGGUUGGAGGUGUUACUACUGAAGCGCUGUUUGCCGAUAUUUCUUGCCUAUCUGAGGUGGGAGAAGAGUUAGAUGAUGAGGUCAUGGAGAAGAUUGAGCCAAAGGAAGAGAAAGUGGAAGUUAAGGCUGAGGCUGAGGAGGUGAAGGUGGAAACAAAACCCGUGGUAGAGGAGGUGAAGGCAAAGGCAAAACCCAAAGCAGCUGUCAAGAAAGAGGCAGAGGAACCCGUGGAAAGCGUAAAGAAGGAAGCCGUCAAGAGGGAGAGGGAGGAAGAUGAGGAACCGGCGGCAACAGUGGCAGUGGAGGCCAAGGGUCGCGGUCGUGGCGCUGCGACUCCUCGGGGUAGGCGGGGCCGGGGCCGGGGCAGGGCUAGGUCGGCCAAGAACUAACACAUCCACUGGUGCCAGACUCAGCGGGAUCUUUACGUUGUGUCAGUCGGGGCAUUACUUUCCAUAUACAACACAAUUGGCCUUUAACCUGUUGUGCUUUCUUUUGUACAUGUUGAAAACUUUUGCAUUUAGUUUAAAUUUUGUGCAUGAGUGCCAUGUUGUGCCAUGGUGGCAAUGUCUUGAUUAUGUGGAUUUUUUCUUGUGGCAUUUGGGGAGUGAUUUUAAGAAUAUAUUCAGGAUCAUUAGUCGCUCUACACAUCGAGGUCACAUUGUGUGACGGCAGUGAUGAUGGUGACUGAUAUACUCUUUACCACUGGUUUAGGUCCCUUCCCCAUCACCUCUUGAAUAACACCACUUAAUGACAGUACACACACUCCCUUGUUUAGACAUUUGUAUAAUGUUGAUGCUUCUGCCUUGCUUGGAUAACAAAUGCAGUCUUGCAUCACUUGGUUGACAGAAGGCAAAGGCCUGUAAUGAAUGGAUAUUUUGUUGGUAUUUGUGGAGUGAUUUUUUACCCAUCAUUCAGGAUUAUCAUUAGUCAUCCAACAUAUCCAUAUCACAUUAUUUGGUUGGCUUUGCCAACUUUGGUUCAUUAAAUUUUGGUUCUUGUAAGAGGAAGAGUUCUGAAACCUAAUGCUUCAGAGGGAAAGGAGUUGACAAAGGAAGCUGUGUACCAGUGCUCAAUAAUUGGGUACAUAGAUCAACUCUGCAUUUCCUUUGAAACUUAAGUAUGGACAAGAUAUUGAUGUUUAAGGUGGUGUCAGUCUUGGGCUGUUGCAUUUCCUGCAUGAAUUAUGAAAAUUUCAAGAGUCCCAGUUUGUGUUUGAUGGUUUGUUGACGGAAGCAGUCACUUUAUUGACAUGGAGGGAAGCCAAGCACUGGGGGGGAUUGUCUUAGCAAUUUCUGUCUGUGGCAGGCUGUUGCUUCAACAACAUGUGUGCACAUACACACGCAUUCACCUUUGUCUCCGUAUACCACCACUAACUUAGACCCCUGAUGUACCUUGAUGCUGCAUGCCUUACACACAAAUAUUCAGGUUAUUUUGACCACCACAAUGCCAGCUCACCAAUAGUCACAAAGGGCGGUGUUGUCCCCCGCGUCAUCAGCAUAUUAAUCCCUGCAGGACGAUUACUGUGAUUAUGGUUUUGUGUUUAUAUUAAGGAGGAGGAAGUCCUGUAUAAAUUUCCUCUCACUCUUCCAAGGUGAUGCCCAGCAUAGUCAUCUCAAUUUGUACUCAGUGUUUAGUAUUAAAGGUUUGUGUACUCGAGGGGUUCCCGGGUGUCUCUGGCCAAAGACAUAUUCCAGUCCUUAUUUGAGUCCACCCAUUUUUGCCUCCCAGCCCAAAACCUUCGCCUUGGUGUUGCCCGUGUUCCUCGCUCCCUUGCCUAAGAUGCAUUGACUAUUGGACCAUUUUUAUUACAUUUCUUUUUUUAGUUUUUAAGGCGUAGCUGUAAAUUUCGGUUAUCCAAGUAAUGGCAUUAAAGUGGAUACCAGA